CUACAUAGAUUAAUUCGUAAAUUUACGUUUAUCAUGUAUGUACAGUGGCGUCGAAAAAAAUAGCACUGUUUUGUACCACAGCCUCUAUUGAACACUAUCAAAUCAAAUAUGUUUGCAUUUUGCAAUGAUAUAAAGUAUGUUUACUUUACAAGUCUUCUCUUUGGGAGAGGUGUUUAGACUCUCACAACUCUAGCAGUUUUAAUAAUAAAGUAAAAACUUAAGGAAAUUGUUCGAAAAAUAUGCGAAAUGGAAAAUUUUUAAGUUUUUUGAUAUUUUCUUUUGAAAAGUCUUGAUUGAAUAAAUAAUCGGUGGCUUGAGUCGAUUGUCACAAGAAAGUUACAAAAUAAAAGGAAAGCACUGUAGUGAAGAAUCUUUAAUUUCAUAAGACAACACCUAUGCUAAGGGAAGAAAGGCCGUGAUAUCCCCAUUUCUGAUAAAACAAGAAGGACCCGUUUAAGCUACAAAAGGAUCUUAAAAAUCGGCAAGUACCAGCAAAGUUAGAUCAUGCUUGCAAGAAAAUAAAUUGAGUGCUCUUAGUACGAGAAAAAUUCCACUUCUGACUGUAAAGCGAAUUCAGUUUUCAAAACAAAACUUCAGUUUUCCUGAAGAAAAAGGGAUCAAAACAUUCUGUGGUCCGACGAAAGCCGACAUUUAUUUUUUGGUGGAAAAAGGUCUUGAUCUUAUGUGAGACGACUACCUAAUGCAGAAUACAACCCCCUGACGCACAUAUAAAAUCAUUAGACAGAAAAUCAAGUAUAAUCGUAUGGGCCUGAAUUUAGUACUAGCAAGGUGAUCCAAUACAUGUCACAAAUCGAUGAUGGUUCACAUGUGAAGUUAAAAUAUCUGAUUCUAAUGGGGAAACCAAAGGACAACCAAUAAAGAUCUUUGUGGUAUCCUGCAUUUCGUGGAUCGAUAUCUCAAAGGAAAGAUGCGAAAAUUAUAUGAAAUUUAAUGCCGAAAUGUUGAGCUGCUGUUGCUUCCAAAGUCUUUUCAACAAAAUAUUAACCUUUCAAUACAACGAGUCACAUAUUUUAGUGACAAAUUUGGAAAACUUCCUUGUAUUUUAUAGUUUUUUGAACUUUUUGAAACCAGUGCUAUUUUUGCUGCGCCUUAAUUUCCUGAUAAAUCCAUUUCUGUAAUACCAUUGCUUUCGGAUACUUUAGAUUACACCUUACAUCUUGUAAAGACGUUCUUUAAACAAAAACACUAUAGAAUAUAGAAUAAGUCCGAGUAUCAUGGUGAUAUUUUACCUGCCGCAGCUACUUAUAAAAUUAAUAAACGCAAAGUUAAUCUUUCUUUAAAUAAAACCACCUUUACGAUAAAACCACACCAAAGGAUAGAAUGGGAAAUUGCUUGAAAAUUAAUAGUUCUGAUGACAUUUCACUUUUGCGAGGCAGUGAAAGUGUACACAGGCAAAACAGCGGACCUCUGCCAAUGUUUCAGGUUCGUUUAUUCUUUCAGAACGAGCAAUAUCAACAAAUCUUUUUUCCAUCGCCAUCCACUUCCAUCGGCCAUGCUCCAAUAGCAGGCCAUUCACAACUUUCCGAGGAGGACCAAGUUAAAAUAGCAAAACGGAUUGGUUUAAUGCAACAUUUGCCAAUAGGCACAUAUGAUGGUAGCUCGAAAAAAUCACGAGAGUGUGUUAUUUGUAUGGCCGAAUUUUGCGUUGACGAAGCUGUUCGCUAUCUUCCAUGUAUGCAUAUUUAUCACGUGAAAUGCAUAGACGACUGGUUAAUGAGAAGUCUCACUUGUCCCAGCUGCUUAGAGCCGGUCGACGCUGCUUUGUUAACAAGUUAUGAAACAACAUAGCUCAACUGCAAUAUGCCACUGUCUGUUAGUCAAUACAGUAGGCAUUGUAAAACAUGCAAAACACCAUGAACAUUUUUAUUGUUAAACUCUUCAUAGUAAUCAUUGAUUAAAAAAAUUCUUUGUCUUCAUUGUUACCGCUUGUGGGUAUAUAUUAUCAUUUUUUUUUUUUAAUGCUAUUGAUUCAUUUGAUAUAAAUAUUUACAUAAAUAAGUUUAAAAUGUAAAAAUUGUGAGAUCAAAAUUUAUAAAAUUAAUAGUACUAUAUAACUUACGUGUUAACUUUCAAAAAAUACUAUUAAAUUUAUAGAAUAAAUUAUUAUAAACAAAGCUAGAAUAAGAUUAUUAUAAAAUAUAAAUAUGACGGAUCUAUACAAUUCGUUCAGUCAUUUAGGAUGGAUGGUUGUUUUGCACCCAAAUUAUACUCGUAAUUGCUUCUAUGUACAUGUCGUGUGUUUAACAAAAACUAUAGUAUGUCUUGUAAAAAAUGAAUUGAAUUGACUAACUUAGUGCGUGUAUUUCAUGGAGAUUGGGUUGUCUUGGUAUAUAUGUACAUACGUAGCGUGAAAGUGACCAAAAAUCAAAGCAAUAAUACUAAAUAUAAAUGUAAUACCACGUUAAUAUAGAGUUGCGUCUUUUCGCACUCUGUACAUCUUCUGGGGAAUUUAACGAUGAUAAGGGAUCUGGUUCUUGCUAAAGGUGAAAUUGGUAGCUUCUAGGUUGAAGGAGCGAAAUCUUUUAAAGAAAAACAUCAAUCGUAAACAAAUAAUAACACUCAUACUUAUAAAAUACUAACUGAAGAGAAAGACACUUUCUGCUUGUUGUAUGACUCUGAACCUCUCAAUAUUUAAAGUUCUAUCUAUCUAUUCUACGUAUAUUAAACAGUUUUUAAAUAUUUUGUUCUUACAAAUUUCAAGUUUACAGUCUCUAAAGUUUUAAGUUCUAUUGAAUAUUGUGUAUGACGUCCUCAUAUUCGUAUGAUUCUGUUCUAUUUGGUACUUAAGUAAUCGUUCGAAUCUUUUUUUGUGUACAAGAAACGGCAAUCUUAAUACGAUAUAAACAUCAUAUAAAUUAAAUCACAUUUAUAUUUGGAAAUAAAAGGGAUUUUUUAAUACAACAUACGUAUUUAAAUAAUAAAUUGUUAUACAAGAAUUACACAAGUUAUUAAAUGUUAGUUUCUGCAUUCUAAGUUAAGACGAACUAAAAAGUUUUUAAAAAUUAUGAUACUGCUCUAUAUGGUGCACAGUAAUUUUAUGUGCAUUCUAUAUAGUACAUUCUAUAUAUAAAGUCUGAAUUCAUUAGUGAAUCCUACCAUAGGUAACAAUUGAAACUUGGAAAUUUCCAUAAUAAUUGAGAGAGUUUCUUUACCGGGCUGUAUACAAAGUAUAAUUCAAAGAUUUUGUUCUUACAACUUAGAAGUUGAGGGACUCUACGAAGUUUUAGGUGUAUUGAAUAUUGUGUGCUCAAGAAUGCAAAAGAAAUGCAUUAUGACGUCAUCAAAUUCUAAUGAUUCUAUUCUUUAUAUGUAGGUACGUACGUAAUCGCACGAAUCUUGUUUUUGUUUAUAAGAUAUGACAAUCUUAAUAUUUAAUGAUUUAAAUAAUUUAUAUAUUGACAAUAAAGGGGAUUUUUUAAUACAA